CGCAAACCUUAGAAACAUUCAAAACUCACAAACAACAAAAGGUAGUAGUAGUAGUGCAUGUUUGACAUGAGUCAAAGACUUGAAGUUCCACAUAGUCCGUCACUUUCCUCUAUGUUCUUUUCUAUUUCGCACUACCACUGAAUCGGUAUUUCAACAGAAGAAAGCAGUGAGCGGAAAAAUCAAGAAUGUGAGGGAACUUACUUGUGUCAGCAAAUCGUCUCCCUGCCACUUCGAUUACUCUGAGAGACCAGAAAAAGGAACGCUUUUUUUAGAUACCCAUUUUGCAGAAAGCUAUGAAUCCUAGCAAAGUUGAAGAAGAAGAUAUGUUCCAUCAUCACUUGGACCCGCAUCAUCAAAUCUUGGAUCAAUCUCAGCCGACAAUUUUACAGGAGGAGGAAGAAGAACCCUUUUUUUCUGAUAUUGGAUUCUUCCGGGACGACGACGACGAUGAUACCAGCCAUACUUCCUCCGAUCCCGAUCAACAUCAGCACCAUCACCAUCACCAUCACCAUCACCAGCAGCUAAUUCAGUCGCUACCCCAAUUGGAGCAGCAGAACGACAUCGUUUCUGCGAACCCUAACCCUAACCCUGAUUUGGGUUUGGGAAAGGGCGAAAAAAAUAAGGCGGAGAAACGUCAUCGGCAUACUGUGGCUGUGGCGAAUAUAAGCCCAGAAGCUCACAUUUCAUCUCAAUUCUACACUUUCAAUAAGGAAUCACAUGCCCUGAUGAUACGCUGUCUUCUCGCGGGCCGUGCGGCGACGCCGGAGGAAAUUCGAUCUGUGACGCCGUCGUCGGUGCUUCAAAGCUGGCGUUUGGUGUGGAAGGACCGGAAUGAGGACACGGCAUACCUCACGGCGUGGAAGCGGAUCCAGGACAAGCUUAUCGCGAAUAUCGACCCUUUGAAUGGUAAUGAAUUACUGUGUUUCAAGAAUAAUUCCAGUCAAUUCGUUUCCCAUGUUGAUCAAUGGCAUGAUAUAGUCACAAGUUUUCACUGUGAUGCGGAUUUAAAACACUUGGGACUGAAAGAAACUGUAGAAAGAAUUAAACAGGUGUGGACUGUAGGUGCUAAAUUUUAUGGAAUACCUGAGAGUUAUAUUAGGGUUUGUGUUGAGGUUUGCCCCGUGUGCUCAGAGUCUGCGCCACGUACUAAGAGACGUAGGUUUGAGUAUACUGAAUCAUUUGAAGUACCCGCAAAGGAAGUGCCUGUUAGAUUACAACAAUUGGCCACAAAGUAUAAAGUGGCCUUGUGUAUUAGGCAGAAAUAUGUUAGGUACAAACCAUUUAUAGCUGAGGUUAAAGAUUACGCGUGUCAUCGAGCUGGAGAGCCUGCAUCCUCGAAGAAAUCGAGGAUUUUAAAAAGAGAGCCUUACACGUCAAAACGGUGUGGGUGUGGGUUUCGUAUCAGGGCGAUAGUUCCAAUAUCAAAUUAUAAUGAGAAGGAUAAGUCAUUUGUCUAUCUGGAGGAAGGGACAGCAGUCUUUAAGUUGUAUGCAGUGCACUCGGGGCAUGAACCUGGUGCUUCAGAUGGGAAUGCAAGAAUAAUGCAUCGAGUAGUUGGGCAUAAAGGAGGGGUUUUGAUGGAUCAGGAAACAGUGUAUGGGAUGGGCGACGAAGUAGAAAAUGAAGAUUUUGGGUUCCUUGGGAAGGAUAGUGGAGAUCUGCAACAUUCAGUUUUGCAGCAAAUGCAGGAAGCAAGGAAUGAGAUUGCACUGCUUGAGGGCCAGAUUGGGAAAGUUCCUCAUGAGUUAUUGUGCUCGGUGUCUCGUGAAUUGUUUGAUUUUGCGAAUAAGCUUAGGAAUGUGAGAGAAUAUGGAUCAAAGUCAGUUGGGUUGCUCUCAGAUAAGCCGACCUCGGAUGAUCUAUUGGUCGGGGAAAAUGAUUUGGCAGAUUGGGGUGUUCACGAUCAUCGCAUUUAUGAGGAUGGGAAGGAUGCAGAGCUUAUUGAGGAAGAUGAAGACAGCUUUGGGAGAACACUUGGGGAGGUUGCAUCUUGGGAUCAGAUAAGGUCAGAUUGUAGGAAUGAGAAGGAUCUGCUGGGUGAGUCUUGUAAAUCAGAGAAACCAUUGGAGUGCAGCGAAUUCGAUCAGAAGGGCAUUCUUGACUGUGGGAAUUCUAAAUUGACCAAGCCCUUAAGGCAUGAUGAGAGUAUAGAUACAGAUGUUGGCUUCGUUGUUGAGAACUUCUACCCUGAGAACCCUAAAUGGUUUGAUUCAUCCUGUGAACUGGACUCCGGCGCAGAUUGUGUUGACAGCGGAUUCAAGCCUGGGGGGCUUGUUUAGAGAUCUUACAGCUGGGUAGGUUUUGGUAUGCUAAGCGUAGAAUAGAUCACCCAUUAUGGAUCUUGGAAAUUGGACAGACUAGUUUUUCUGGCUCUGGGUUGUUAGAAAUGUAUGAGAUGUUCAAGAGUGUUUUAUGGCUAGUUCCCGUAUGAGAGCCAUCACAAACGGACUGCAGGAACAUCGAUAGCACAAUGUUGGCAGGCUGCUAUUUUGAAGAAUACAAGCUUUUGGCAUAUGGAUUGAGUGUUGUAAAGGUUUUGGUGAGUAAAACUUAAGAUUCAGUAAGUUAAUUAUUUGCAGAUUAUUGCUCUUUAUGUCCUUACUUAACAUACUGCGUCUUGAUCAUCUUUUAUGUUUGCAUUAUUUGCUUCAUUGGGUUAUUUCUUUUUGGAGAAAAUUUACACAUUGGGAAAUGCUCUUUGUUACUCAACUGGUGUUGCCUAUGUUAUAUUGCUUAGAGAUGUUCAUUAGUGAAGCGCAGAUGACAGUUUUCUAACCUUAAAAAUGAAAACAAUGCUUUCUUAUCUUCUGCUUCGCGUGCAUAAUACCUUAUUCUUUCUCGUCUUCUUGUGCUUAAGAAAGAAGGCAUAUUCCGCAGAAAAUAGUUCCAGUUUAUUGUUUAAUGAACUGCUUGGCAUUCCUCAGUACAUUUUGUGAUAAAAGUGUUUUGCUGUGAUGCUUCCAAUCUUUUUGUUGAAUUUCUGCAUUUAUUUUCUCAUUACGUCCUUCUUGGGCAGCUAAGAUCUUUAUUUUUGAAAGGAAUUUUGAAGGUCUAGUGGAGAAGAAUUUGUAGCCCCUUAUCUUUCUCUUUUAUUUUUUCAUUUCACAUUAAAUAAAAUGGAACGAUAAAAUUUUAGUGUUGGGAGUUGCAUGUUCAUAAGCAUAGGAUUGAGACUCUGAAUGACUUCUGGAUGGACAAGAUCCCCGUCUGGCCAAUCCCUGCUGAUCAUGGGACUUGGUCCAGUUUGCACUCACAAAGCUUGGCAUUCUUAUUGAACCUUUAAACCCCAAAGUACCUCGACUAUUCUGUGAGUUUCAAAUUUCAGUUAUGUCAGCACAUUUUAUGUAUGAAAAUUAAACUACAAUUACAAUUGCUGUUAGAUGCUUUUUCUCUCUUUCAUAUGUUUCACAUGGGAUGUGAAUUCUAAAAUCCAAGCUUUCUGAGCAACUGGUUAUGUUGUGCCGAAAUCCAAGCUUUUUGCCACUUUGGGGUUCCCUCAAGAUUAGUGGCAACUUAGGUUGUCCAAUCAGUUGAUCCAUGUGAAGAAGUGUAGUGGAACUCCAAUUAAUCUGCAAAGCCAUGUGAACUUCAUCCCACUUCAGCUCAGUCAGUGGUCACCUGGUCUCAAGCGUCCGUGAGGAGAGGAGCAACACUUGAUGCCUCUUUUCUCAACUUGGUACAUUGAGGGGAUUAGUACAAGCUAGUCCUCUUCCUCUGCACAUUUCCCAUUUAUGUAUGUGUACAGGCAGGAUGCCUCGCGUGGUAGUUUGGAAGG